AUGGGUGAAGCCAUUAAUUAUGACGACUACACAGUGGCAUGGAUGUGCUUCGAUGAGCUCGUUGAGACAGCACUUCUGUUUAUGCUCGACGAGGAGCAUGGCACAAUUCGAAGCUCGCGCUCAAAGCUUAAAGAUGUUAUCCAGCAGUUCAUAUUCGGCAGAGCAUCCGAGCUCGGCUUUGUUGUUUACUUUCGGCACCCCAAUCUAAGCAACGACCAGUCCUCUAUGUUCGACUUGAAAUCGUGGGACGACUUACCUGACCGAGUCAAUGAGUCAGUUAUUCGUAAGGGAGAUGUUGUGGUUAGCAACCUCUCUGACGACGGCAGUUUGGAAUACUUGCGUGGAGGCCCAUUGGAUGAAUCCCUUAGGAGAAUCGACACUCACGCUGAGCCGUUUGGUAUCUAUCAACACUCAUGUUGCGAGCCGGGCAACCCUGGGCCGCAAGUCAUUAUCACCCCUAACACUAAAGGCUUCGGGAUGUCACAAUUUGGUGAUGGCACUCUUCAGGGGUUGGUGUGGGUGAUUGGACACCUUCCCUCACUUCUAAUUCAAGGCGUCACGGACAAUUGCAAGGCCGACGACUCACUGGGUUAUCCUGCGGCCACAGUUGCAGCUUGUGCGAGACAGAUAACCACUGAGCUAUUUGCCUCAAAACAACUGCUGCCAACGAGAAUCGAAGACACUCUAUACUUCGGGGCAUCUGGAUGGCUUACACCAAGUGAUUUCACUACACGCCAUCCCGCCUAUAUCAAACAACGAUUUCCCGGGACCUGGUUAUCGGUGCUAUCCUCUGAAAAGUAUCGUUCAUGGUUACUCAGUCCGAAUCGCAACAUCUUAGUUUGCACAGGCAAAGAAGGAAUUGGCAAAACAAUUAUGGCAUCGACUAUCAUCCAAACCCUACAAGACAGAUUCCGCGAAGAUACCACGACAGGAGUCGCGUACGUCUAUUUGGGUGACCUUCCCACCGAGCAAGGUCUACCACCUAUCAUCUUGAGUUUAUUCCAGCAACUAGCGCAGAGCCUGUCAGAUGUCCACACAACAUUGAUUGCCACGCAUGCCCAUUUACCAGCCGCUGAUGAUCUCGCCGCCAUCCUCCAAGGCCUGGAUUGGGUUGUUGCAAGAUUUUCACGAUUGUGGAUCAUCUUGGACGGCAUCAACCAUUGCCCGCCAGAUAUCCAAAGCGAAUUAUUCAAGAAGAUGCUUAAACUCCAGGAAAACCACGGCCUCAAGCUGUUACUCACCACAUCAUAG